GGGAUUGAACGGGAUUAGACGGAUCAUGACAUAUAAUGGUGUAUAUAGUACAUAAUGUCUGGUAAUAGAAUUCUCAUCUCAAUAGACAUAAAAUUGACAUGUCUCUUUAUUGGAUUCAAGCAUAUCGAGGACUGUACUGACUGACGUGAAGGAUGGACAACUUUCGUAAGUUGUUGUUGUUGUGAGUGGAAAGACAACCUCGCUUCAACCGUCAAUUAGUAAGUUCCAGUCCAAUGACCCUCACAGAAACGGGCAAGAAAACUGAUCCCGCCUCCGUGCCUCCCAACCGAGCUGGCCAGGAACCAAACCAAACUGAGGCGAUCGACCCAAAGACCCAAAGAAGAAAGACCCAACUUUGUGCAGCGGGUGGAUCUCCCCGCAACAGCCCCACAUCAUGACGGAGGGGGGCGGCCAGGCCAAGUUGCCCUCAAUCCAGCCAGUUAACCAGCCAGCCAGCUCGGAUAUCGGCAUUUCCUGGGAAAUUAUGAGCCGGAUCAGAAGAGAGGAUGCUGAGAAAUCAUUGACGAAGACGAAGCAGAGCUAGGAUGCUUCGUCAUAGAGAGAAUGGCAGGCCGGUGGCACCAUCCCCGCUUGUCUUUCCGGCUGGACCGUUUAUGGCUUUCGUCUCAGUCAGACUUACUCUUCGAGUGUAGCAUACUGUGACGAUAUUUGGAAAAAAAAUAUGGCAUCUCCGCAGAUACAGCAUGAGGGCCUUCGUGCCAUUUUUACGGGGAUUGAGAGGGUGUCCGAGGGGGUCACGGUGAAUGAGUUUAGGGGUAUCAAGUACGCGUCUGUUCCCGCGCGGUUUGAGCGGGCGCAGCCCGUGGAUGGCUUUGGGGAUGCUGUGGUUGAUGCUUCUUCAUACGGGCCGAGGUGUCCGCAGGUCGAUGUCGACGUUCGCCAUUUGCUGCGCAUUCCAGAGGACUUUCCAAUCGAAAAGGAGCCCGAGGAUGAGUUUGAAUGUCUGAAUUUGGACAUCACCUGUCCUCCGGCGUCUUCGGCUAAGGGACCUCUUCCUGUGCUCUUGUGGAUUUAUGGAGGAUCGCAGGUGGUGACCUUUUGCUCAGCUGCAUCGAAGAUCUGCGAUCCCGUCAAGAUCGUCGCGGACUCUAUCAAGUCCGGCCAGCCUAUCAUCUUCGUCUCAAUCAACUAUCGACUCAACAUCUUCAGCUUUGGCGACGGCAAGGAGAAGAACCUUGCUAUCAAGGAUCAGAAACUGGGUAUUGAGUGGGUGCGGAACAACAUCGCUGCCUUUGGAGGCGAUCCCAAUAACAUCACGUUGGCCGGAGAAAGUGCCGGGGCAGUAUAUACACAUGCCCAUCUCGUCACUGGUACACCAGUCAAGAGGGCCGUCCUGGCAUCUGGAUCCCUCUAUCUCUCUUCUCCCUUGCCAGUAGAGAAGGGCCAGGGACUAAUCAAUGCGCUGGAAGCCAAGGUGCAAGAACUGGGCGAGCCGUCGCUUCGGUUAGCGUCAGUGCCGGCUCUGUUGCAGGCAUUACGAGAGUGCAAUGUGAACACUAUGUGGAUACAGGAGGAUGAGGACUUUCAAGGAUGGGAAACCAAGUCCGAGCUGGUGGACGAACUCAUGAUUGGUGAUACUGAAUAUGAGUCGGUUAUCUGGAGGAACGGUAUCGAGACAUUCGAUGGAGAAGCGAUUACUGCAGCCUUCGAGCAGAAUGAGAAAUGGGGUCUGAAGCUACGCAAGAUGUACCAGGUUGUCGCGGAUCGACCCACUGCUUGCAAGUUGGGUGCACUGGACCUUGUAAAUGAUGUCCGUUAUACGCUGCCAGUGGAAGUUGUUGCCGAGAAACUACAGGCAGCUGGGAAACGAGUCUACAAGUAUGUGGUUGACCAGGCCAACCCGUGGCAGGCAUCCAGCCGAGCCCAUCAUGCUGUUGACCUGCUGUUCUUGUUUGACGGCGUCGACCUGUCCUUCAACCCUGCUGCACAAGCGGUUGGUCAGGAGAUGCGGAGCCGUUGGGUACAGUUCGUCAACGGUGGUAGUCCGUGGUCUACCGAGCAGAGAUUCGCGUACGGACCUCUGGGGAGCUGCGGAGAGAUCCCUGAAGCACAAUUUGCAUCUAGACGGCGGGUUGAGCACGUUAAAGUCCUUAGGGAGGCUGGAAUGGGUGUCUAUAUGCCUAUUGUAUUUGCCUUGACGGCAGGCAAGAUUAGCUUGUUGAAUUAGACAGUGAUAUAGUUCAAUACAGCUACAUAACCAAUUCGCCACACUAAAUACAGGAAUCUCCACUUAUGAUAUUCUUUACCUUUUCUUUUUUUGUAUUGCCGUAAGCUGUGAGAUAUUGGUGAUACAAAGCAGAUAGUUAGAAAUUGCUUUUUGAAGUAUAUGCAGAAGAGCAGUAUACAUCGGCAAUUCCAGCGAUGGCUGUUACCCGGGGG